AUGACCAUUCUCAUAGCCAAAGUAGCCAGCAUCCCUAAGGUCAUUGGCUAUACUCCUCCUAUCGCAGGCAAGAUCCCUCAUGCCACCAUUGCAGCUAUGCAUCUCGCUAGUGCAGAUGAAAUCUAUCUGCUUGGAGGAGUGCAAGCCAUUGCGGCCAUGGCACUGGGCACUGAGACCAUGGCCAAGGGGGAUUUCAUCAUGGGGCCUGGCAAUGCCUUUAUCACCGAGGCGAAGAGGCAGUUGUUUAGCGAAAUUGGGAUUGAUCUUUUUGCGGGACCAACAGAGAUUCUUAUUAUGGCUGAUGAGACGGCCGAUCCCUUUAUGGUGGCAAUGGACAUUAUCUUGCAGGCUAAGCAUGGGCCUGAUUCACCUGCUGUGAUCAUCACCACGUCCGAGGCUGUUGGGCGAGAAUUGAUGCGGAUUAUUACUGAGCUAUUGAAGAACCUAUUAACUGCUAAACUAGCGGGAACCUCAUGGGAAUGGUUCAGCGAGGUGAUCAUUGUGGGCUUGAUAGAUGAACCUUAG